CCUCUACCCUUUUCAUUUCUGUUGCUAAUUUCCCGACCAAAUCGAGGUUUUAAACCAUGGAUGCUGAUUCUUGGAGCUCCCGUUUAUCGUCUGCUUCCAGGAGUUAUAAAUCUGCUCUUCAAUCCCGAUCUGGUGGAACGAAAUGGGAUGGGUUCGAUGCAGAAAUGUUGAUGGGUUUCGAGGAAAUUGAUGUUGCAGAUGAUGAUAUCAGAGAGGAGUAUCCAUGCCCUUUUUGUACGGACUAUUUUGAUAUCGUCGGGCUUUGCUGUCAUAUUGAUGACGAACAUCCUGUUGAGGCUAAAAAUGGGGUAUCUUUCCUGUCUUCAUUUUUGCUUUUAUGUUCUUUCUUUGCACAUGAAUUUUGAGAAAUUUUUAGCUGUCUUCCUUGGGCACUAUCUCUUAAAGAUUAAGCUGCUCCUGAGAAGAACUGAGUAGUCGCAUCUUACUGAUUCAUUUAUUUUUUUACAUUAGAACUCUUGCAGUCCAAGGUGCAUUAGAAUGUCAUAUGUAUUGUCGAACUGCUCUUCAGAUUUUUAUUCUCAAUCCUCCGUUCUUUGUUGAACUUGAAAUUCUUUGGUGGUAAUAUGACAAGUAUUUAGUUGUUGAAUACGUUCUUGAUAGAUGCGAGGAUGAGGUGUGAGUCCUAAACUACCAUGUUGUGUAGAAAUAAGUGUCAAAAAAAAAAACAGUGAUAUUCAUGACAACAUGCUUUUCCAUCUUCUGUGGACAAUCUAAUAUGGAAUUUGUGUCCCUUUGUGUUCUUCAAUUACUCACUAUAAAACUGCCAACAAAGAAUUUCGUACCAAUCAUUUUGUGACUUCUCAAAUAUUCUGUCUUUUAGCUGGCUUUAUUCUUUGUGGUUAGAGGUGGCAAUUGGGCGGGUAGGGUGGGACUCGGGCGGGUAAUUAAUGGUUGGGUAGUUAUUGGGACUGGGAUUAGUCAAGCCCUAUGUGUUUUCAUAUGGGAGGGAAAUUAAUGGGAUUAGGAUUUGGGUAACCAAGACCCAAUGGGAUCCCAACAAAAAUGAUUGUUAGAUAAAUUAAGGAAAAAAACUUGGUAAAAAAAAAUGAGAAUAAAAAAGAAAGAACGGUCAACGUUAAAAGAAUACCAGCUUCUGCCAAACCUCUUAGCAGAGUUGCCGCACCACCACCGCCGCUAACGCUAAAAUUAGAUUUUAGAAGGAAAAACAAAAAAUAGUGUAUGGCCUUAUUUUUGGCAAUCGAGAGGCAAAGAAUGAGUUUUGAUAUCUCAUAUCUGUCACUGACCCCGACAAAGGUGCAAUGUUAUUAACAAAUUUGAGGUUUUGAUCGACAAUUAUGGAUUCAGAUAUGAAAGGAAUUAAAAAUCAAAUGAUAAUGCCGCAAGUUCAGUAAUUUUAAUGAGAUAAACUUAAGUUUUACUCGCCACGGCGAAGUCUAUGGUGGGUAGCAGCGGAAGAAGCGGCGACGACAAGGAAUGAAGUAGAUUCUAUGGAGAAUAACGGUGGAUGAAGUGGCUAGGGUUUGAACCUGAUGUUGAGAUUAUUACCCACUUCUACCAUUGGUUUCCCAUGGGAACUAAACCCAAUCCCAAUAUAAUCUAGCCCAAAAUAAACACACACCCAAAAAUAUCGGUGGGAAUACCCUCCAAUAAGUAAGAGUCCCAUUGGGAUCCCAAUGAGUUUGGGUAUUUUUGCCAGCUCUAUUUGUGGUGUCUAAAAUCUUCUAACAGUUGGUGAGACAUGUUUUAAAGUUUCUCAUUAAAUUUACUGCAGCUGUACAACUCAAAGUCAAUUGUAAAUAGACAAAUUUAUUUUUGAUUACUUAAAUUUCAAACUAUCUCUGGGAUCCUUGCAAAUUCACUUUAGAGUCCUCUGAUUCUGAUUGUUAUGGUUGUAUGGUGGGUGGGUACAGUUAAAAUUACUUUAUGUGUAUUGGAGCUUUCUGAUUGACACGAUGAAUUCAAUGCAGGUUUGUCCAGUUUGUGCGAUGAGGGUUGGGGUUGACAUGGUUGCGCACAUAACAUUGCAACAUGGAAAUAUCUUUAAGAUGCAGCGUAAGCGGAAAUUACGUAAGGGUAGCUCACAUUCAACACUUUCGUUGCUGAGGAGGGAGUUGAGAGAUGGAAAUCUGCAGUCUCUUUUUGGAGGAUCUUCGUGUAUUGUUUCUUCUAGUAGUGCUGCUCCUGAUCCAUUGUUGUCAUCAUUUAUCUUGCCAAUGGCUGAAGAUUAUGGAACUUCCCAGUCACAUUCUUCUGCUGCCACUGCUGCUGUCAAGAAAAGCACUAGUGAAAUUGCUGCAGAGAGAAAAGCACAGACACCUCCAUUGUCUAUUAAAGAUCAAGAGGAGAAAACAAAGAGGUCUCAGUUUGUGCAAGGACUGCUCUUGUCGACGAUAUUUGAUGUUGACUUAUAAAGUGCUGCUUUGCAGCUGGAGGCUGGCUGCCGGUGUCAUGGACUUUGCUGAAACGAUCCGCUCCAGAACAAAGCACCUUGAUCCGUGGUGUGACUUGUAGCGGAUAUGCCAAUUGUAUGCAAAAGGGCGGGAGUGAAAUAAGCUGUAGUAGUAACAACUGUAAUUUAUGUUGCAAUGUAGACGUAGUUUAUGUAGGCAGGAGAGAAUGAAAUCAGCUUUGUGUAUUGUUUACUGAUGCUACUUUAUGCUUGAUAAGCGAUGAAUAAAUUUGGGCAAGAAUCGAUUGUGCAAAUACCGAAUCAGUCAAAAGACAUCCGUUUCAACUAUGAUCUCGCUUCUUCUUUAAAGUUUAACAUCUUUUGGUCUAUCGUAAAAUACCAACAUUGUACGGCAGAAAUACUUUACAAUUGUUC